CAAGCUUGCACAGACAUGUGUGGGACCCAUUUUGAGCAGGCAAAUCAAGGAGGCGGAAGCGUCAACCAACUGGGCGGGACGUUCCUCAACGGCAGACCUCUCCCGGACUCCAAGAGGAGGAAAAUGGUGGAGCUGGCCUCGGAGGGGGUGCGCCCAAGCCAGAUCUCCAGGAUCCUGAGGGUAUCCACGGGCUGCGUGAGUAAGAUCCUGAGCCGCUACCGCCUCACCGGCCUCCUCCGGCCCAAGACGAUCGGCGGGAGCCGACCGCGACUCCUCACGCCCGCCGUCAUCGCCGCCGUCGUCCGGCACAAGCGGGACAAUCCGUCCGUUUUCGCCUGGGAGAUCAGGAGGAGCCUGCUGGCCGCCAGGAGCUGCGAGGCCUCCAAAGUGCCCAGCGUGUCAUCCAUAAACCGGAUUUUAAGGCAGAUCCCCUUGGACCAGGGACCGUGGUGUGACACACACUUUCACGCUGAAUACACUUUGUGCGACACCACAGAAGAAGUAGCCGCCGAUGCUGCCAAUCCCAAAGGUUCCCACCAGCGAAUCCGGACCGCCUUCACUCCGGAGCAGAGCAAAGUGUUGGAAGAAGAGUUCUCCCAUAGCCAGUACGCCGACGUGUACACCAGAGAGAAGCUCUCCGCCCGGAUCCGAUUGCCAGAGGAGACCAUCAAGGUGUGGUUCUCAAACAGAAGGGCCAAGUGGAGGAGAGAGUUUCAACUAACUGCCGUACAUCCCGGAGUGCGAGAAGGCAUCCAAACUCCACAGAUGACCACAGCGUCGCACUCCAGCGCAUCGCGGGUGUUCCCCAACGGCUGCACAGGUUUCGGGUGUCCCACGUGCGUCUCCAUCAAUCCCUCCAGGGUGCCCCCGCUUCACCAGCAGCACCCCGAAGACACCAGGACACGUGACGCAAGAGCGGACUUGCCCUUUACCUCUCUCAUGUUGAACCGCUAUCGUCACAGCACGCGAGAUAAGCCCUGGGCUUGACCUGGAGCGCCACCUGGAGGGAGAAAACAGAUCACUCUCAUCUCCCUCAUUUUGCCUCGAUAUGGAAAGAUUUAAAAAAAAAACAAAAAAAAAACAGCAAAGUUGUCGCAUUUCUGGUUUGAGUUCAUAUAGGAUCACGUGUAAGAAGAAACUUUUUUUUUUUUUUUUCUCCAAAGAAUUGAGCUUUAUUGACACAAGUGACAGUAGCAAAGCACGGGUGGACGACGACGGAUGCGCUCGGGAGCGGGUCAACGGCGCGUUUAACAUGCACAAAGACGCAAGCGGCCAAUCAUAACGCCACGGAUCAUAUGCACAAGCAAAUGACGAGUCCACAUGCUCGUGGGAUGGAAAUGAUCUCUGACCAUUUUUGGGUGAAUUUAUAGUCAUCCAAAGGAUAAAGACAAAAGUAUGAACCUCACCUCUAAUUCAAUUUUUCCUCACU